AUGGCUCACUAUUACAUGAUGGCGAGCAUGUCCACUGUGCUACAAGCACAACAUGAAGAUUACAUAACUGCUCAUCAGAUUAUGGAUAAUCUUGAGGACAUGUUCGGUGGCCAAGCCAUUGAAAAAUGUCAGGAAGCCAUAAGUAACCUCAUUAACUACAGACAGAAGGCUGGGUCUUCCAUAAAGGAACAUAUGCUGAAAGUGAUGGGCUAUUUGGCUAAAGUUCAGACCAAUGGGGCUAACAUCAAUGCUGAGUCUCAAUUGACCAUGAUCUUUGAGACUUUGUUGAAGGAGUAUAUUCCGUUUAGGGCAACGUUCAAUUUGAGCGCUAGACAUAAUACAACCUUGACAGAGUUGAUGCAAGAACUCCAAAAGUUUGAGCGAAUGAUCAAGGUUUCGACUAUUGUGGAGGCCAACUUUGCUGAGGCAUCUACCUCCAAACCCUCUCUAGGGAAUGGAAAGAAGAAGCAAGUAGCUAAGAAGGAGAGUUCUUCAGUUCCGCCAAACAAGGGCAAGAACAAGAACAAGAAGAACCCGAACAAGCUUAACUGCUUUCAUUACGGGAAGGUGGGGCACAUGAAGAAGAAUUGCAAAGACUACCUAGCCGCUAAAGGCAAAAAAGGUGAGUGUGAUCUUUUGAUUGUGGAAGCAUGUAUGGUUGAGGAAUCCAGUGACAACUAG